AUGCUCCUCCACUUGGGCUCGAAACCAACCCUAGUAGUUUCCGCGGCCGACGUAGCCAAACACGUCCUUAAAACGCACGACCUCUCGUUCGCAGACAAGCCGGUCCUCGGCUUUCUCAAGAAAAUAUUCUACGACUUGAAGGACCUGAUAAACUUACCCUACGGUGACGAAUGGCGGAAGCUGAGAAGCAUCGCCACCCGCGAGCUACUCAAUACCGCGAGCGUGAAAUCCUAUAACUCCAUUAGGGAACAAGAAAUCGGCCUCGUCGUCGAAAGGAUUACUCGAGACUACUGCUGUAGUAACAACAAUUCCUUGUCGGCCACGCCGCCACCUUUGAACUUGUCUGAUAUGUUUCUGUCGUUCUCGAACGAUUUAAUCUCACGCGCGGCUUUCGGGAAGAAGCACCUGAGCCGCGAGACGGCGCGUGGGGAGAAGUUCUUGACGACGAUGGUCGAAAUCGUCGGGCUGCUGUACAGCUUCACGGUGGGGGAAUUGAUUCCGUGGCUUGGUUGGAUUAAUUCUUUGAACGGCUAUAAUGCUGCCAUAGAUAGAGCUGUUAAGCUACGGGAUGAGGUUUUCGAUGACAUCAUCGAAGAACAUUUGAACAUGGUGGGGCCCACCGAGGGUAGUUCGGGUAAUAAACAUAAUUUUGUGGAUAAUUUGCUGAGUAUUUACAAGGGAUAUACUCCUGGUGUCUCCAUUGACCUCGUUUCUGUCAAAGCUCUAACGCUGCUUGCUGCUGCAGGUGAUCUACAGGAUCCCUAUUACACACUUGUAUCAUUUCAUAGCUUGUAUCGUCUCAUUUGCAUGGCGGUGGUACGUCAUCAUCGACUAGAAGACAAAAAUCACACCGUCGCACCAACUCUCCCCAUCAUCGGAAACCUCCACCAGCUAGGGCAACUGCCCCACCGUUCUCUCUGGAAUGUAUCGAAAAAAUACGGGCCACUCAUGCUCCUCCACUUGGGCUCGAAACCGACGCUCGUCGUUUCGUCCGCAGACGUAGCCAAACAAAUCCUUAAAACCCACGACCUCGCAUUCUCCGACAAGCCUGCCCUAACCUCCCUCAAGAAAAUAUUCUACGACUUAAACGACGUGCUUACGUUACCGUACGGGGAUCAAUGGAGGAAGCUGAGGAGUGUGUUCGUGCACGAUCUUCUGAGCAACACACGCGUGAAGUCUUUUAGCCCCGUUAGAGAUGAAGAGAUACGAUUCCUCGUCGAUAAGAUUCGUAGCCGGUGCGACUCGUCCGUGAACCUGACGGAUACGUUCGUCUCGUUCACGAACGACUUAAUUUGCCGCACGGCUUUCGGGACGAAGCGCAUGAGCGAAACGGAGCACGGGAAGAAGUUCUUGGAGGCGAUGGAUGCAGCUGUGGGGUUGGUGUCGAAGAUUACGGUGGGCGACUUUGUGCCGUGGCUUGGCUGGAUUAAUCGGCUUAACGGCUUCAACGCUGAGCUGGAUAGGUGUGCUACUAGAAAGGAUGACGUCAUGGAUGCUGUCAUUGAAGAGCAUUUGAAGGUGGGGCCCACCGGGAGUGGAGAUAAUUUUGUGGAUAUUUUGCUUGGAAUAUACAAGGGGAAUACUCCGGGUGUAUCCAUUGACCUCAUUUCUGUCAAAGCCCUAAUUUUGGUAAGAGGGUUUAUUGCUAAAAUACUUGGGCAAAUUACCAAAACCCCCUGAGAAAAUGUGAAAUGUCUAUUAUAUCCUUCUGUUAAAUAUGUGAAAAUAAAAGAAAAAAGCUGAAAAUGUGAUUCUCUCCGGCUACG